AUGAUACUUACAAGUGUAAUUGAAACAGAGAAAGGACCCGUACAAGGUGAAAUUUUAGUUUCUGUAAAUAAAAAAAUUAAAUUUUCAUCAUUUCGUGGAAUACCAUACGGAAAACCACCAAUCGGAAUUAAUCGAUUUAAGCCAGCACAAGAAGCUGAAGCAUGGGAAGAUGUUUUCCAAGCAACUACCGAAGCAACUCCAUGUCCUCAAAUAGAUGACUCUAUUAGCAAAGAAGUAAUUGGCGAAGAAGAUUGUUUGAGUUUAAAUGUUUACACGCCGCAAACAAAUUUUUCUAGUUAUAAUGAAAGUUUACCAGUAAUGGUAUGGAUUCACGGUGGUCUCUUCAAACAGGGCUCAUCGAGUAUUAAAAAAUUUGGUCCCGACAAUCUUAUUGAAAAUGAAGUUGUGGUUGUGGUAAUGAACUACCGUCUUGGUGCCUUGGGUUUUCUAUCACUGAAUCUCUCAGAUGCCAGUGGCAAUGCCGGACUUAAAGAUCAAGUUCUUGCACUCAAAUGGGUGCAGAAAAAUAUAAAAUAUUUUGGCGGAGAUUCAAAAAGUGUAACUAUUUUUGGAGAGAGCACUGGUGCAGCUGCCAUUGAUUUUCAUAUCCUUUCUGAAUCUUCACGAGAUCUUUUCCAUCGAUCUAUUUGCAUGAGUGGGUCAUCAUUAUGUUUUUGGGGCUUUGCUACUUCGUCUCAAAAUGAAUUUUAUGCUUACCAACUUGCCAAACAUCUAGGUUACACAGUCAAUGAUAAGACAGAACUCCUUGGAAUGCUAAAAAAAGAAUCCGCUGAAAAUAUUGUCAAAGCGACUGAAAAAAUGACUUCUUUAAAUUUCCGACCUUUUAAGCCAGUAAUUGAAGAUAAAAAUAUUGCUGGUGACAAUGCAUUCAUAACGAAAUGUUUCGUUGAGAAUUUUAAAACUGGUCAGUUCAAUCGAGUACCUCACAUGGCAGGAUUUAUGUCGCAAGAAAUUCUACUUUUCCUAAAACCUCUGAUACAAUUAAAAGACGGUGUUAAAAAAAUACAUACUACGACUGGAGUAAUUGCUGCAGACGUUCCUACUAAUUUAAUUCAAACUCUUUCAAAUAUUUCUGGUGGACUACCCGAAAAUAUAUUCAGCGAUAUUAUUGAUGAUGCAAUCGAUCAAAUAAUUCGAAAUCUUUCUGAUGCUUAUUAUAUCAGUGCAAUAGAUAGUAAGCAACAGUUAAUGCAUAAAUAUGUUCCAGUCUACUAUUAUCGUAAUUCCAUUAUUUCUAGUACAUCUAGACAUAAAUCGUUGUUUGGAAUCACAAUUGAUGGUUCUGCUCAUGGUGAUGAUUUGGCAUAUAUAUGGUACUUUUCAGACAUUAAAUAUCCAACUGAUCCUCAAGAUCCAUUCAAUAUUAAUCGAGAUAAGUUAGUAAGAAUGUGGACUAAUUUUGCUAAAUAUUCAAAUCCUACACCUCUGGGAACUAAAGAUCAGAUUUUGAAUGUCACUUGGACAGUGUCAGGGCCCGAAGGAUAUCAUCUUGAAAUAAGUCAGGAUAAUUUAGCAAUGGGUCCAAGACCAACUGAUGAAAAUGUCAAGAAAUUUCAACCAGAACAUCUUUCAUCUUUAAAAAAAAUCACCGAUUGUCCUUAUAAUUAAUAAUUAAUUUAUAAAUAACUCAUGAUAUUAAACAGACAAAUGAUUUACAUGAAUGGAUAAAAUUUUUAUCAACUCCUCGAGUCAAAAUUAAAAAGG